AUGGCUACAUUGCACUUGUUCUUUUAUGCAUCGAGCAAACCCGCUUUACAAGAUCAAGAACCAAUAUUAUCAGGUAGUUUAUUUACUAAUAAUGGUACCAAGUGGAGAGAGCCAAAUGAAGAGAAUGAAGAAAUCAAUAAUUCUGUAUUUAAUACUAUAUUAGAAGAUUAUCUAAUUGGUGGUCCGCAAUUACGCAUUGCACUUGAUAAAUUUGCAGAUCGUUAUGCUGCUGCAAAAGCUAAAUCUAUCCCGAGACAAAAGCGAAAGCCAUCACCAACUGUCUUUGAAGAUAAAGAAAAUCUUGAUCCUCAAAUUAUAUCCGCCCGGAAAAAGAAGAAAACGGGUAAAAAGGACCAUAAUUUAAGCGCGCAUAUAGCAAAAAAUCAGCGAAUUGAAGCUAGAACGAAAGCAACGACGGCGGCAACGAUUGCAACAGCAACAACAAAUACUACAACAAAUACUACAACUGCUGCCGUAACAGUUGAAACAACGUCGAAGAUUCGAUCCAACUUUCAGAAAACCAAUACUGGCAACCAACAUCAGCCGGAACCACUACAGGAGUUGCAAGAGCAACUCCUAGAGGUUCAUGAAGAACCUCCGAGUUACGAGAGAGUUAUCGAGGAUGAUACUCGCGCGGCAGCAGUCGUCGAAUAUAUCCUCGAGGAGGAAAGUGCGCGGAAGGCUGCGUAA